GUUAUUGAGGAAUACUGGCCGGGGAAAUUCAAGCCGCUUACGACGGGGACAUUCCAACCAUCACCAAGUUCGCGAGUGUGGAGGUCAACCAGAACACGGAUGCCGUCUUCAGAUGUUCCGCUAGGGGCGCUCUUAGCAAACGGCCUGAGGUUCAGGACAUGUCGCUUCAACUGCCGGACGGGACGGCCAUACCUGCCGCCCAUCAACCACAACCGGUGAUCCAAGUCCACAAGGACUUGACGGUGACCACGGUGUAUUUUAGAGUGCAGAGCGUUAAGAAGUCGCAUGAGGGCCUCUACUUUUGCAUGGUGUCCACCAACGUGGGCAACGGGAUGAAAGCCGCCAACCUCACCGUGAAAACCCCACCCAGCCCGAAGAGUCCCCCUGUCCUGGACAGACGCGGCCGGACGUCCCUCACCGUCCGGCUUAACGCUCAUCCCAUCAUGGGGGACGGACCGAUCCAAUCACAGACGCUCAUCUAUAAGGAGGUGGGCACGACGGGGUGGAACGCCAUACCGGGCGUGCACGUUCCCAGCAUCACCAUCUCGGACCUCCAGUCCUGCACCAGCUACGAGGCGCGCCUGAUGCUCAGUCGGCCGGGGGAGGGUGGCAACGGGCCGCCGGGACCCACCGCUACGUUCAGCACCGGCUGCGAUGUCUUACCAGGAAGACCACGUAAUGUCCGCGUCAUCAAACGUACCGCAAACUCGCUUAUUUUCGCCUGGGACGCGCCCGUCGCGGAGCAAGAAAUCGCCAUCAUCAGUUAUGAGGUCCAUUUCCGGCAGCGCACCUCCUCAGACAAUGCCAAUGGUUUGGAAAAGGUAGUCAACACGUCCGGGAGCGUGUACAAGUUUGAGAGGUCAGGACUGACGCCGUUCACAGUGUACCAGGUGGCUGUGCGGGCCUACAGCGCCGCCGGGCCCGGCAACCUCAGCACGAGUGUUCUCGGGGAGACCAAGCAGGGGAAACCCUCUCCGCCCAGACAAGUGGAGGCCAUUCUGCUCCCUCCAACUGCGGUGGAAGUCAGGUGGCUACCCCCCUCCCUGACGAAUGGAAUCAUCCAGAACUACACCAUCAGCUACUGUGAUUUACAGCGGAUCUUGCUGGACGAAGACGAGGUUGUGGUGGACGGCAACAAAAGCAGACACGUCAUCACCGGGCUGAAGGAAGUGACGUCAUACGUCUUCCGGGUACGAGCGGCUACACAGGGCGGCCCGGGAGAGUACAGCACAUAUGUGUCCAACGUAACUCUCAGGGAGAGGCCCACGUCCCCGCCGUCAGACGUCCAGGUCCGCCCGAUCUCUCCCAUCGCAGUGGAGGUGUCCUGGCUGCCCCCUGCACGGGCCGAGUACCGCGGAUCCACCAAAAUCACCGAGUACAAGGUCAUCUACACCGACGAUCCCACCAGAUCUGAAGCGAUGUGGGAACACCGUGUUCUCAGCAGCAGCGUUCAGAGUACGAGGAUAGAAGGACUCCGACCUGACACGGUUUAUGUCGUCCGAGUGGCGGCAAAAACAAUCAACUUCGGACCCUGGUCCCCCAAGCUGUCGGCACGGACCUUCCAGCUAAGUCGUCCCCCGGCCCCUGAUGACGUCGAGGUGACCCCGCUGACCCCCACCACGGCUGCCGUCAUGUGGUCCGUACAGGACGGGUACUACAUCGACUUCCUCAUCCUCAGAUACAGACCUCUGGCUCCUAAGGACGCCAGCGAACGAGAGCGGGUUGUGUAUGAUAAGACCCAGACCAGGUUUGUACUGGAGAACCUGGUCCCUAACAUGUCCUACCUGCUGAAGGUGUCAGCACGGAACCAGAAGGGGAAGGGGAACGAGGCUUUCGUGACGUUCAGCACGCCACCACUACCGGCUACGACCUGGGGGAUACGUCAACCAUCUACACCCAACCCUUCAAGUGAGUCGCACGUCGGGGUGGCUGCACACACGUCCACGGUCAUCUUUUUCGUGUUGGCCGUGGCCUUCCUUCUCACCACCGUGGCAGUCCUGGUCCUCAUGGUCUCGUACCGAAGACGCAGGAAGAGGAGGAGGGUCUCCCAGAAUGUGGAAAUGAGAAUGCUGCCGAAGGGGAGUUAUUUCACAAACGUGGACUCUGCCACCGAGGUGAAACAAGACUACUGGGUCAUACCAUGUGAGGACCUGAUGUUGGAGGGGCAGAUUUUAGGGGAAGGAAACUUCGGACAAGUCAUGAAGGCGACCAUCAAGAAGGGUGACCGGCGGGUCAAGGCUGCCAUCAAAGUCCUGAAAGAGGGCGCAACUGACAACGAUCGAAAGGAUUUUAUAGGGGAGCUUGAUAUCAUGUGCAAGAUAGGACCGCAUCCAAAUGUGAUCAACCUGAUAGGAGCGUGCCAUGUGGGAGACCAGCUCUUGGUGGCCACCGAGUACGCCCCCUAUGGAAGCCUGCUGGAAGUGCUGCGGUCCAGCCGGACGUUAGACACGGACCCGGACUACGCACAGAAGACCAACCUGGCGUGCGCGCUGUCAUGCGAACAGCUGCUGCAGAUGGCUAUAGACGUGGCGAGGGGGAUGAAGUUCCUCAGUGAGAAGGGGUGCAUCCAUCGUGACCUGGCAGCGAGGAAUGUCCUGGUGGGAGAACACAUGGUCGCCAAGGUGUCGGACUUCGGCCUUUCCCGCGGAGAAAACGUCUACGUCAAGACCACCAUGGGUCGCUUGCCAGUGAGGUGGAUGGCAGUGGAGUCUCUUACUUACAGCGUUUACACCACCAAGAGUGACGUGUGGUCCUAUGGAAUUCUGCUGUGGGAGAUCAUAACAUUAGGUGGAACCCCAUACUGCGGCAUGACCUGUAAGGAACUGUUUGAGAGACUUCCCCAGGGUUACCGGAUGGAACAACCUCUCAACUGUGAUGACGACCUGUAUCAGCUGAUGCGCCAGUGUUGGCGUGACCGCCCGUACGACCGACCGCCAUUCGCCCAGAUCUGCGUGGCCCUCAACAAGAUGUUACAAGCCAGGAAGCCCUACAUGAAUAUGGAGAUUCACGAAGAAUUCCAGUAUGCUGAUAUUGACAAACAAGAGGACCUGUAAAAGAACAAUCCACUCAGACACUAGCAGACAACACGUAAAUGACCAGUCUCCAAGCAGAUCUUUUGGUGGCAAAGUCAGAACCAUCCAGCAAGACACUCAGUGACGAUUCUACGAAAUCGGCCAGACAGUAUCCAGUAUUGCUUGUAUUAGCCGCAAAACAUAUUUCUAACAUGUAUUUAACCAAAUACAAGGAUCCCCAAGGCAAAACUGAUGUGAAGAAAUGUUAGCAUACACUAGUUGUAAAACCUGGUUACCACUUUGCCUCUGAAAGAUCUGCUUGUAGAUUAACUUAGUAAAUGAGAACACUCAUAGAUAAAAAUGGACCAAGAGCUUUGACAAUUUGUAAUAGUCAGCUGAAGCUUUGUUGAAUUGGUUUUUAAACAUACAAGAGGUACACUGAGUACAUUGUAUUAAGAAAAGUCAUCAAGACCUUUCAGAAGUGGACAAGUAACAGUAACACACAAGACUUUUUUCCAUUCUAUUGAACAGGAUAGGUAUCACAGUGAUAGUAAUUUAAUUUCCUAGGAAUGGCUUGACAAGUUGUAAAAGCAGUCAUAGACAAAAAUGCUAAAUUUCAUUUUCAAAUUCUAAUUAAGAUUAUUGACACUUUGGUUUAAGCCCAGUAUACCAAGGGCAUUGGUUACAGCAUACGUAAGCAGCUCUUCAAUACCUAAGACUAUUUAUUGUUACUUUUGCCAAGUAGUGCAAGUUCUCAAAAAGUUACUGUUUGAAGAAGUAUGUGGCUGCACCCUAGUCUUUGAAGGAAGCUAGUGGCAAAGAUAUGCACCAUGAUAGAGAAGGUACAUGUACCAUUAAUUUACAGUUGUAAAUACAAGUCAAUCAUCUCUCUCUCUUUAUCUGGUUUAACGUCUAAAGAAAAUCAUACAUAGAAAAAACAAACAAAAAAACUGCAUUGCUGAGAAACCAAGAAUGGAUACCAUUCAUGUAUGUAUGACAUAUGACUUUAUAAUUGAAAUAUAUCCUUGAUGUAAAAUUAUAAUUUGAAAGACAACACAUCAUCUGAUAUUUGUUUUAAUUGUAAUUUUGACCACUCUAUUGCUAAACAAUGUAUAUAGGCCAAAGCAUACUAGCAUAUUGUGUAAGGGUUGUAUGCUAAUAUUUAAUUAUAUAACAAGCUGAAGAAAGGGUCAGGGUAUGAAAAGUUAAGCUCUCUAGAAUCCAUGUUUUUAGGUAGCAGUUGCUUGUUUGGAUGUACGUAACACUAUGUAUAUGGGCAUGAUAUUUCUCGAAGCUUUGGAUGGAUUGUCAUGAAAUUUGGUUGACUUUUCAAAGAAAUAAUAACAUUUUUCAUCCCUGGCAGCUUUCCUUUUUACUGCACCAGAACUUUUGGUUUUAAUCCUUUUAAAAUGCACAGUACGCAUUGUAAGUUAUGUGCCAUUUAUAAUAAAGAAUUAAUAAAUAGCAAUUAUUAUGAGAUAUGCAAUGUACAAAAUUAAAGAGUCAGUAUAGAGAGAAUACUUUGUCAGAAUAACAUUGUUAUCUAUAUACAGUAUAUACAUGACAAAUAUUAUAAUACAAAAUGACAAGUUACCUAUUAUAUAAUACAGAAUGUAACAAUGCCAUUCUUAUGACAACCUUCUGUUACACUUAUUGUAAUCAGAAGAACAUUUUGUAGAUUUCUAUCACUUUGAUACAUUUAAGUUUUGUUGAUAGUAUCUAAAAAUAAUCACUACUUUCAACGUAUAGAAAAUAAUCAUAUACAUGUAGCAACAAUAUAUGCAACUUUGUUACCUUGUAUAUAAGAUUGAAACAACAGUUUAACAAGACAACCAGAAUUAUUUAACAUGGACCCAAGAACACUCAAUCUGAUCUUUGUAUUGUUCAUGACAUUUUCUAGGAAGUUUUAAGUGUGAACCAACAAAAGGAAAUAAAUUCAGGUGAAGAAAUCUGUCUCUUUCAUUUACAGAUACCACUGGAAUGUUAAUGGUUCAUAUGCCUUCUUACACUGUACAGGGGGAAACAAUUAUAAUUUCUUAUAAUUUUUGCUACAUCUUGUGCAUUUGUGGUGGGAACAAGUCGCAAACAUGUUCCGUAUUCCAUAAUGCAUUACUAACGUUACCAUAAUUGUUACGACUGCAAACUCAUUGAAGGCACUGCAAACUCUUCUUGAUUUAAGUGCAGCAAACUUGAAGAAAAUUACAGUAGCAGGCUGAAUGAAUAGUAGAAAUUGGCCUAAAAAGGGGAUAUAAUUGGCCAGAUGAGUUUACCAGCCAAAGAGGGUCCAGUUGGCCUGCAC